CGAUUACUAAAAUGCCUUGGCCUCAGCUACAAGUUGCUAGAAACGCUAAGGUUAACGUCGAAUCAUUUAGUGAAGUUCUUGACAUGGUAUCCUGUAGUUACUGAAGCCUACACUUUGGAGAAGUGUCUUGUUUCUUUUUUCCUUUCAUGGGGACCUUUAGUUUUAGCUCUACAGUGCGCCCUGGUGGUGAUCAUGAUAAGAUUUCAUCCUGAAACUGCUAUGGUCUUCCUAGUGCCUAAAUCUGCACGAUGGAGCCAAUGGAGAGAAUCAAAAUUGUCCUGCUGGCUUGUGGUUCAUUCAACCCCAUUACCAAUAUGCACUUGAGAAUGUUUGAGCUGGCUCGGGACCACCUUGAGGACACAGGCAAGUACAAGGUCGUGCAAGGUUUAAUUUCUCCAGUUGGGGAUGCGUACAAGAAGAAGGGUCUGAUUGAGGCCCAUCACAGGGUGCAGAUGGCCCGGCUGGCCACAGAGAGCUCAGGCUGGAUCCGUGUCAACGACUGGGAGAGCCAGCAAUCUGAGUGGGUGGAGACGGCGAAAGUUGUGAGGCAUCACCAUUCGGAGUUGUUAACUACGCUGCAGAACGAUGAUGAGGUGGACACGGUGAAGUCUUUUAAAAGAAAACGACUAGAGGAACCUGAGUGUAUGGUUCAGGGCUCCUCUGGUUGUUCAACAAGAAAAGACAUGCCCCAGCUGAAGCUGCUGUGUGGGGCAGACGUGCUGGAAUCCUUUGGCGUCCCCAACCUCUGGAAACCUGAAGACAUUGCUGAGAUCGUGAGCCGCUACGGCAUCGUCUGCAUCACAAGGGGCGACAGCGACGCAGAGCACUUCAUCCAGCAGUCAGACGUGCUAUGGGAGAACCGCAAAAACAUCUUUGUUACACGCGAGUGGGUAACCAACGACAUCUCGGCCACGCAUGUACGUCGGGCUCUGCGGCGCGGGCAGAGUGUCCGCUACCUGCUGCCGGACCCCGUGCUCCGCUACAUCCAGGAGAGGGGCCUCUACAGUGCCGAGAGUGAGAAGAAAAAUGCUGGGGUCACUCUUGCACCCCUGCAGAGAUACAGCACUACUUCAUGAGAAGGGGACAGAAGACCCAAAAGGUCCUUAUGGGACCUCUCAGAAAUACUUGACUGUAUUCGAGUCACAACUGCCUUGUGUUAUGUUUACUACAGAGCAAAGAAAACGACUGGAAGUCUAAGGCUAUAGGUCUGCUGAAUGAAGUAUUUUAUGAAAUGAAUAACUGGUGUUCUGGUCAAGUGGUUUGAAUUCAGUGUUUCUGUUUACAAUGCAUAUAACUGUAAAGGAAAUGUAUUGCUGAAGAACAGGCACAAUGACCUGACUGUGACUUCUUUCUCCAGAGCCAAACAAUGAUAAUGAUCACAUGUAUAAUAGACAUUAAGACAUUAUUAUCAUUUACAUUUGAAUUUAGAACUGACUUUAUACAGCCCUAUGAAAAUGAUUAGUCUGACUAACUAAGAACUAACCAAGAACUAAUAACUAAGAUGUAUGUGUGAAUUGAAUGUAAAAAUCUGUGCUUAAUUUGGUUAAAGGAACAAGUCAACUUUUUGGGAAUUAUGCUUAUUUUCCAUCAACCCCAAAAGAUAAGAGGAUACAUAUCCUUCCCCCAAUUUGACACUGUUAGCCUAGCUUAGUGUAAUUCACUGGAAGGGGGUUACACUAGUUAGACUAAAGCUCCCUUUUAACUAUAGGCUAGUUUUAAUGAUUCUCUUAUCUAACUCUGGGGACAACAAAAAGUUGCUGUGUUGCUGUGAAAGGAUAACUCCUUUAAAACUGGAAACAAUUUGAUCAGUGAUCAGUGCACAAAUAUACUCUUAUCAAAGUUGUGACAUGAGCAUGACUUAUCACCAAGUCUGAUCAAGCAGAUAGAGAAUGGCUGAGAAAUUGCAGAAAUGUUUCUUAUCUCUAAGACAUGUAAAUGACAGGCCUAUUCCGGACCAUCACCAUUGAUUACACUAUCCUAUGCCCACUUACACUUGAUUACUUUAUUCUAUGCCCUCUUUAUUCUACUUAAAUAUGAUCUCCCCAGACAAUGGCCCUUCAUCAGUGUCCAUUUAUACACAUUUUCCAUUGAAUUGCAUAAAUGCAUUCGUGUUUCUCUUAGCAAAAUAGUAUGUGUUUAUCUGAGCGAAACUAACAUAAUGGUGGUGAAUAAAAUGAGAUCUCAAGAGAACAACCAUGGGCAAAACACCAGAGAAGAUAAUGGUAGAUUUCACAACAGCUUCCCUGGAUGUUUGGGGGUUGGGGUUUGUGCUGUGCUUGUAUUUUUCCACACCUGUCACUGCAGGUGACAAGACCCAUCUAGCCAGAUUGCUUGUUGCUGUUUGACCUGUGCUUGUUGCUGACAGAUUUCAUUCCAUUCUUAUACUUCUUUAUCUGCAGGAAAAAAAACACAUCUUUCAUUUAGAGCUAGCCAGGUCUGUCAGACCAUGUUGUUAGCAUGUGUGCCAAAAACAAGUUUUUGUCAACUUGCACGUUUUGAGAUUAGCUGAAAGCAAAUUUGGCGUUUUCGCUUUAAAUAAAUGCAAAGUCACACUUUGGGAGUACAUUUGCUGCAGAUUUGUCCAAACUGAAUUGUAUUUAAAAAAAAAAAAAAAAAAAAAACAUUCUACUCAGGGUACAUAUAUAGAUGCUUUGCAAGAUUCCUAUAUUCCUAUUCGUAUGUUUCUUGACAACAGUUCAUAGACAAGUCAGACAAGUUUAUUUCCUGUUUGUAAAAAAAGUUCACCUGGACAGGGGCCACAGCCACCAGUGUCAAUUAAUCAAUCCAAAGCACCUCCCACUUAGGUGAAGAUAAAAAGGCUUUACACUGAAAGUGAGAAUCAGAUUCAGCAAUAACCUAGUAAGGUGGUGGUCUCGAUUACCCUUGUGCACACAUUUUAUUAAAAAUGCCACCUAUUCUUUGCGGGACCUGGGAGUUGAUUAGCAAUGUCAACUUUGAUGGAUACAUGAUCGCAUUGGGUGAGUAUAGUUUUCGUGCUUAAUUUGUAAAGAGAGUAAAAUCAUGUUGGAGCACAAUUUGUUUUGCAUAUAUUAUGUGUUUACCUGAUACAUUAGUAUAAAGUAGAAUGAACAGAAACAAAUUCUCAGCCACAUUGUCUUUGAAUUUACUAUGCAAAAUGCGGCAUUGGUAAAAAAAUAAAAAAGUUACAUUAA